CUCGCCGGCCAUGAGGCCCCGCCGGCGCCCCAGCGCGGCCCUGCGUCCCGGCUGCUGAGCCCCCGCUCUGCCCUGCCACCACCAUCGCCCUCUUCGCCAUCCCCUCCCCGCCCGGGCGGGGACCCCCCCUUCGCUCCCCUCCUUCCUCACAGCCGCCGCCAUGUUGGGCCGGGAGCCGCAGCGGGGCCGCCACUGAGCCCCGGAGCCUGCGAGGCGGAGGAGGAGGCGGAGGAGGAGGCGGAGGAGGAGCCCGGGGCCCGGCCGCCCCGCACAGCCCAGCCGGCCGGCCGCCCAGCCGCAGCCAUGGCGGAGCAGACCUACUCCUGGGCAUAUUCCCUUGUGGAUUCCAGUCAAGUGUCUACCUUCCUCAUUUCCAUUCUCCUCAUAGUCUACGGCAGUUUCAGGUCUCUUAACAUGGACUUUGAGAAUCAAGACAAAGAGAAAGACAAUAGCAGCACAGCUGGGUCUUUUAAUGGCAACAGCACCAAUAACAGUAAGGGUAUUCAAACCAUUGAUUCCACCCAGGCAUUGUUCCUGCCGAUCGGAGCGUCUGUGUCUCUCCUAGUUAUGUUCUUCUUCUUUGAUUCAGUUCAAGUUGUCUUUACAAUAUGCACAGCAGUCCUUGCAACAAUAGCUUUUGCUUUCCUUCUGCUCCCGAUGUGCCAGUACUUAACACGGCCUUGUUCACCUCAAAACAAGAUUUCCUUUGGCUGCUGUGGGCGUUUCACUGCUGCUGAGCUGCUCUCAUUUUCUCUGUCUGUGAUGCUUGUCCUUAUCUGGGUCCUGACUGGCCACUGGCUCCUUAUGGAUGCUCUGGCUAUGGGCCUGUGUGUUGCAAUGAUAGCCUUUGUUCGGCUGCCCAGCCUGAAGGUUUCCUGCUUGCUACUCUCUGGGUUACUAAUUUAUGAUGUCUUUUGGGUCUUUUUUUCUGCCUACAUCUUUAACAGCAAUGUGAUGGUGAAAGUGGCCACACAACCAGCUGAUAAUCCCCUGGAUGUUUUAUCCCGGAAGCUUCACCUGGGACCAAAUGUGGGUAGAGAUGUUCCCCGUCUGUCCCUGCCUGGUAAACUUGUAUUUCCAAGUUCCACAGGCAGCCACUUCUCCAUGCUGGGGAUCGGAGAUAUUGUGAUGCCAGGUCUUCUGCUCUGCUUUGUCCUGCGUUACGAUAACUACAAGAAGCAAGCCAACGGCGAUUCCUGUGGUGCCCCAGGACCAGGGAACAUCUCUGGCCGUAUGCAGAAGGUCUCUUACUUCCACUGCACACUUAUUGGCUAUUUUGUAGGUCUAUUAACGGCAACAGUAGCUUCUCGUAUUCACCGGGCAGCCCAGCCUGCCCUCCUCUAUUUGGUACCUUUCACUUUAUUGCCGCUCCUCACCAUGGCCUAUUUAAAGGGUGAUCUACGUCGCAUGUGGUCUGAGCCUUUCCACUCCAAGUCCAGCAGCUCCCGUUUCCUGGAAGUAUGAUGGAACGGAUAGGAAGUGACCUGAACUUCUGCCUUGGUCCUUUUCACUUUAACUCGUGGCUUUGUAGUCUCCUAAAGCUGGACUGGCUGGUGCUUGGGAUGGUACCACUUACGGGACUUGUAUGAAAGGACUUUGUAUUAAAAGGAGGAAAAGAAAAAAGCAAAGAUCCUGGAGCUCCGUGUGGCUCCGUGUCUGCCUGCAGCUGUGGACCUGGGGACCCUUUGUGCAACUGCAGCCACUUUCCUCUUUUCCUCACUCGGAUGGAUUAGUACCAGACUAUUACCUUUGUGAGAGAGGAAGAGACAGACUUGAAACUGAAAACGGCUUGGAGUCGUUCAAAAACUUGUGAACACUAAACGAAACCACAGUGAAGCAACUGAAGCUUCUUCAGAGACCCCCCCCGUGGACACUGGGACCAGUUUCCUGCUGGACUUUGGGUUUGAAAAGAACUGAGACAGAAACUCUUCUGUCACCAUACUGGGUUUUUUUGAUCUAUUAAAUAUUUCCUGUGGUGUGAGGUUACUUAUUAAAUCCACAGACAUUGAGUGACUUCUUGCAGUAUACAUAUACAAAUUUGUUGUAACAAGUUACAUUUCCACCCAGAUGUCAUGUUUGCAGUGAAAAAGGGCACGAUUUUUAUACAUAUAUAUAUACACACAUAUAGAUAUAUAUAUGAAUAAAUAAAAAGGAAAACCUGCUAAGAUCAUGCUAUGUAGCAGACAGGGGCUUGCUGUAAUUUUUAGCAUGUAGAGCAGUUUACUCUGGCUUUCUUGUCUAUGGAUCUCCAAUGAGCUGCUGUUCCCCCCUCCCUACAACUGAACCUGCAGUUCCAAACCGAGUGUAGUAUUUGUACCGGUUGUACUCAUGGACUUCAGGGGAUAUUUGAUUUUGAUCAAUGUAGCAAACCAGGGAAGUGAAACUUUCGAACCCAGCCCUGUUGGGGGGGGAGGGGGGUUGUUUUUUCCUUUUGUUUUUCCAUUUUUCUGUUUCUGCCACCAACCCCGUGCAGGUUUUUAGUAGCUCCCUCCUGCCCAGUGCAUGUAUUAUAGCAGCAGUCGUCUUUGUGCUUUCUCAUCCUAGUAAUGUAUCACUUGUAAAUACAUCUUUUCUAUUUUCUAUUUCUUUGUAUUUGCAUUUUGUUUCAGUCGUGCUGUACCCGCCCUGCCCUGAAACACCAAAAAAAAGGAAAAAAAAAAAGAAAAAGCAAACUGUCCUUUACUGGUGUGCCUGGUGGAGUUUGUGUGCUGGCUGCUUUGUCCCUGUAGCCUGCUCAAAUGUGGAGGUUUUCAUUGUGUUUUUUAACCCAGCCGCUCCAGCGCUGCUGUGUCAGACCGAAGGCCUUCCCUCAGGUAACUACAACCUUCUUCCUUUACAAUACUCUGGCAGCUGAGGUUUGGGGAGCUCUCCUGAAAGCUCAGAGCUGGUCUUAGUUUGAUAGAUGCUGGUAACCAUGAGGUGACUGGAAGGAAACCAGGAGUGUUUUAAGUGUGAAUGUGACCCAACAGUGAGCUGGGGUCUGGUUUUGUUACCUCGGGUAAGGCAGCUUCAGUGGGAUGUGUGCUUCUUUCUGCUCUGUCAGCAGCUCUGGGAAGAGCCCAUUGAGCACAGUAGGAAUCCGGGUCCAGCCACGUGUGUGAACUGCUGUCUGUGGACACAUUCCUCUGUUCUCAGGCACGGGCAGAUGGGCUCAGAGCUGUGGAGGGGACCUCUGAGACACCUGCAACAUCUAAAGGAACAGAAAAUAGGAGCACAGCCCUUUGGGGAGGCUCUGAAGUGUAGCAGGGGUGGGGGCACAGGGUGGCAGGGAGGAUGGGGUCACUUCAUUUAUAACAAUGGCUUUUCCCUGAUUCACACCUUUCCCUGAACUGGAAGCAUUUCCUGUAGCACAGCAGUGCUCAUCUUCAGGUAACUGACCCUUCUUUAGGAAACAAAUAGCUUUUCAUUAAAAAUCUGCUUUUUCUGCUCAUAGCAAGCAUUAGGACCAUGGCUGCAGCCAGCCUGGGACAAAGGCAAGGCAUCAGUUCUCAGACUUAAGGGGAAUAAAACAUUGGGAAGGGCAGUCAGAGAAAGAAAUAAAACACUUCCCUGGAUUUCAUCCUCUUCCCCCUCCCUUAAGGUUCUGGAAUAACACCUUUAGAUCCACUUUGCUACUGCUCUAUCUUCCCAGCCUUUCCCCCUGUCCCAUAGUACUGCACACCUCAGGUACUUCCAGCUUCAAGGCAGUUCAUUCCUGCCUUUUGAAUGAACAUAAAGGGGCCUGCUCCAUUUUGAGGGGCAAUUUCAGUCCCUGCCACAAAAAUGCCUAUGAAUGAUUUUCUGUACUUAAAAACCAUUCUGGAAAAUGUUCUAGAAUUGCUGAUAGACAAGUAUUUAAUAAAAAUUAAUUACUGAGAAUUAACCAGAAAAAUCUUGGCCUUUCUUUUAGGCUGUAUUGCCCUCCUGCAGUGACCUUCUGACACACACAAGGUAAGAAACGGAGGUGCUCUGCAGAGGUUAACCACAGCGUAACUGUUCUAAAUACAAACGCAUCUGCACAGGGAGAAGCAUUUUCCCAUGGUUCCUGAGCCAGAGCUUUGUCCUGCAGCUCUCCUGUCUAGAACCACCCCAGCAUCACACAGGGGGGUUACAGAGAUUCCUGCCUCAGCUGCUGGGCCCUCUCUGCGCAGGUGCACCUUUGUCCUUGUUUCUCCAGUCUGGCCAAAGCUGCAUCUUCCCAGCUUGAGGAUGAAACUGCAGAGGCUGCUUUGGGUCCUUCGGAUUGUGGAGGCCAGGUGGGACCAUGGGCUCCCUGUCAGCUCUGUCCAUGCCUUCUUGGUCUUAACGUUCCAUUGAACUCUGUAACAAACUUGGCCCAGUCCUGCAGUGAGCCUGUACCUGCCUGUCCUCUGGACCAUUAUCAGAGCAAAUAGUUAAUAACUGACUAACAUCAGCCUUCUUGUAGGAAGGGAGAAGGACACUGGCAAGAAGGUGAUAGACUAGAGGGUGUUCACAGCGAAGGUGCCAGAACGCAGACUAGAUGUGGGAUAUACAAACCUGUUACAGUUCUGGAGCUGGUUUUUCUGCUGCAUCUUUGGGAACAGCUUAGAAAUGUUACUGUUGGUAAUUUGAAAUUUCCCUAAGGUCACACUAAAUCGUGCAAAAAUGAGUUCAGGAAUUACCUGGGGUUGUCUGCCCAACCACUGUGGGAAGGGUGCUGGAAAUGCAAGCUGCCCUUUGUGUGUCUGUAUUUUGUACCCUGCUCAAACCUGGAAUGCUGAGACACUGCUUCUGUUUGGUUCUCCCUCUCUUCCUCCCCCCCUCAAAUGACCUGGAACAGCAAGGCGAGCCCUGUCCUGCCGUGCUCUGAGGAAGGCAGAUGCUUCAGAAGGGGAUCCAGACUCCAGGCAGUUCCAUGUUCUUGGUGGGGAAAAGGCCAAGGCUGUGGCUCACAUCUGUGCUCCCCAGGAAGAGUGUGUGUGUAUUUGUGUAUUUAAUUUCUCACCUGUAUUUAACUGUGACAGCCCAGAACAGAUGCUCUAUUCCUUUAGUCUGUUGGAACUCACAUGAAGAGACUGGAAGCAUUAUAUGUGAUAUAAAAUACAUCAAAUUUAAGGUGGGUGAGGGGAGUAACUCCUCACUGCUCUGUGCUUCCUAAAAAAGGAUUCCAGUUAGGGAUCUCCCUGCUUCCUUUCAUCUCAUAAGCAGCUUCAUGUAUGCAUAGAGAGCUGUGGGGCAAACCCCACAAUGUCCUUGAAAAGUGUGGCUGUGGCUCACCUCCUCCCUCCUCUUUCUCAUUUAGGCAUGACGUGACUCUCCCAUCUGGGUGCCCCAGCUCUGCAGUAUUGGCUCCACCUGUAACCAGAGCCUUUCCUCAGAGGGAGGCCUGGCCCUGCCCACACCCUGCCGGGUUAGUGCUGUCUGGGGGUGGCUCACAGCAAGAGCUCCCUGUUUAAUGCUGCCAAACUUGUUUGUGUUUUGCACUUUCAGCAGUUCUCUUCUGGAACAGCCCUGAGGAGCCAUAUGCAUCACAGCCCGCAGUCACAGCAGCAGGGCUCCCCAGGAACACUCAUUACAAGGUGCUGUUCCCCAUACUCCCUCCAUAAGGUCCACAAGGGAUUUGGUGAAUCUAGGCUGUAGGUUCUUCAAGUGUGUCUUCUGUCAGUUGAGAUGCUCAGCACUAUUCUUCCCCUCAGGUCAGCCAUGGUGCAUGUACAGAGGCAAUUUCACUCUGCUCUGGAGAAGCUGCGAUCACUUGGAGAUGGUAAAUGAAGGUGUGAUGUUGAGAGGGAGCAGUCUGAGCACGGGCAGUGCAGUGCAGCAGAGCUCAGGGAAUCAGCUAGCAAGGUGAGCGGAAGCAGUGCAACAGGCACGGCCCCAGUGUGACACCGCACUGGGUCACUGGGGAUGGAGCUGAACCUCACUGCAGGUGAGCACUGAACAGUAACUCUUUUUGUCAAGUCCUCCCUUCCUACAGCCCCUACAGCUCCUGGUCCUGCUGAGCAGCUGCAAGGAGAGGUAAGUGUAAAACAACAUAACUUCCUCCUACACAAUCACAGAAACAAGCCAUCAGCAGUCAUCAAAGGGCUGGAAUCAGGACAGCACUGAAACAUCUCACUCCUAGAAGCCCUCCAUGAUUUCCAGUACGUUCAGAGACAUUAGAAUGGUUUUCCAGCAGAAAUACUGCUGAAUGCACUGCCUGGCUCUGUUCCUGUUCCUGCUUAGGUUUGUGAGCACCAAAGGGAAAUGCAAGACCUGAAGACUGCCCCAACAUGCGGUUGCCCUCUAGCGACCCACAAAGGUAUUAUUUAUGUUGCUGGGACUCUGCGCUAGCGGACACCCGCUGUCAUUGAGCUGGUGCGUGAAGGUCCUGGUGGGUUAUGUUCCUGUGUCUUGUGACUGGAAGAAAAGACUACAAAUGGAUUCACAUUAACAUAAAAAAGAGGGUGGGGACCGGUGGUCCUUUAAAACCGGGUUUUAUUUGUCUUCUCUGUUCUCUUAUGUGCAAUAGAAUCCUGCUGGUUUUCUGUCCACACAAAUCUAAAUAAAGGCACCAUAGGAAAAUAA